CCACAUUGUAGCAUCAUCCUUUUUGGGUCCUUAGCUCAGAAGCAAGGAUAGCUUUCCAUGAUUCCAUCACUCAUUAAUAGCUAGGUACAAGGAGAAGAUGGCAAACUAGAGGGAUCAGGAGUAGCACCAGAUCACAUAGAAGGUGAGGUUCCAUGGGGAACAUCCUCAAGUGCUUCAUCAGUUGCUUCGACGGAGAAGACGAAGAUGGUGGUAGUGGCCAUGGUCGCUUCCCCAACAGCUAUCCUCCGGUCUCAAGUCUCCAUUACCAGCCUCUGCAUUUGGAUGACCUUCAAGUGCCAUUAUCGCCUCCACCACCAUCAACUAGGCAGCAGCAGCCGCCACCGCGACCGGCGCUCUCAAGACUCCAUUACCAGCCUCUACGUUUGGCUGACCUUCAAGUGCCAUUAUCACCUCCACCACCAUCAACUAGGCAGCAGCAGCUGCCACCGCGACCGGCACGUCCUCUUGGUUACCAUCAUGGAGUCCUCUGGCCGACGAUAGAGAUCACCCCAUGCGAUGACUUCCUCAACUUAGAAUUCACAACUAAGGUUUGUGAAGGGCCCCAGCAUCACAGUACACCAUCCAGGAAGACGGACCUUAAUAGGUGUAUCCAUGAAAAAGACGAUGGCAACAGUAAACCCUCCUACUACUGGCUGACCAAGAACAAAGACAAUCAUGUAGUAACCCCUCAGACCAAACGGUCACCUCGGCCCCCUAGUGGGGUAGCUGCCCUGGAGCGUGACCUCGUCGACUUUACUCGGACCUUUGAGGUUCCUGAAGGGCUUGCACAGCAUGUUACAUCACCUAUGCAGGCACAGGUUACAUGGUAUAGGAAAUUGUUGGCCGCAUACAAGGAUAUAAAAUAUCCACCCAAAGAAUCAGCAGAUGCUGCUGUGCUUGUUGCUGCAACCUUGAGAGGGAUCGAACGAACUAAUUUGGAGGGCAUUCUUGCAUUUUAUGGCUUUCCAAUUCCUACAAUCUCCAAAGAGGCAUCAGAAAAUCAUCCAUCAUCAAUACCAAAGGGUGUGCUGUUCGUGCUAAAAACAUUGCCGGUUAAUGCAAAGUGCAUAGUAGAUGGUGAUGGCUUUACUGCUUAUGUCGACACACUGGAUCCUAUAGAACUGCGUCAGGAUUGCAAUGCAAGCUGUCAAUCCCGUAACUCUAAGAAGCAAAAAUUGUGGGACAAAACAGCAGCUGAUCUACAAAUAAGUCUCGAAAAUACUGGACAAAAGAAAAUGUUCUUUGGGGGCCGUGAGAUCCUCGCAAGAAAAUACGAAAUAAGACUGAGGGGCAUUGAUGCACCGGAGAUAGGCAUGCAGUAUGGAAAGGAGUCGCAGGAUGCACUGGUGAAACUGAUCGCUAGGAAGUGUGUCACGCUUCAUGUUUAUGGGCAGGACCAAUUUAAGCGCUUCGUCUGUGAUAUCCAUUGUGGUGGUGUGUUCAUCCAGGAGCAAAUGCUGGUGAAUGGUCAUGCCUGGCACUUCAAGAACUAUGACAAACGGCCACAAUUUGCAAAGUAUUGAAGUAAGGGAUCAUAUUACCGCACACCGAAUCAGCACGAUUUCUGAUUAUGUUUAACAUAGUAUUUCUAUUCAAUUUAUCAUAUAUUCCUGUAUAAUUUUUGUGACAUCCUGGCCCAAUUAGGAUGAGGCAUGUGUUGUCCAUGUGAGCUGUGUGCGCAUAUUUACUACCACAUUGCUAGUUUAGCACGAGUGGAACCAACUUAUAAGGCAUCUUCCCUCUAACCAUAUUACUCUCGAGUUAACCCUUUUUACACAAAGCGAUGACAAAAGUGUACCUGGGGUGGUAUGUUUAAGUGGGCCCGCCCGUCGAAUGGGCUGGCUAAAUCGGUUCUGGAUGGAGGGUUGUUACAAAUGGUAUCAGAGCCAACCCUCGCGGUUACGCGUACGGGUUAGUGUACGGGCAUAUGGCGCAUGGUUGUUACAAAUGGUAUCAGAGCCGACCCUCGCGGUUACGCGUACGGGUUAGUGUGCGGACAUAUGGCGCAUGUGGGCUCUAUAUGUGAGGCACAUGGCAUGGUAUAUGGCGCUAGCAUUAGACGUACGGACGUGCCCUAAGAGUACCACAUUGCUAGUUUAGCACGAGUGGAACCAAUUUAUAAGGCAUCUUUCCUCUAACCAUAUCACUCCUGGGUUAACCUUUAGAGAGGGUUUUUUACAAUUUUCUAUUCAAAUUCAAUUUAUGUUGAAAUACAACAGUUUGGUGCAUCACUGCAGGUUCUUUUCUUUCCAUGUUGAAUAUUUGGAACAUAAAAGAGCGUAGUUAUCUUGUACUUGAUACCAUGCAAGAUCCAGUUUUAAACAGUAGUUCUCCAUAUUGAACUUAUCUUUUAGAAAAGAAAUUUACCAUACAGUUGAAAUUCCAAUCUCGUUUGAGAACUCUAUAGACAUACGGGUGUGUGUAUUUGUGUGCAUUUUCUGAUGAAACUGCUUUGGUUACUUCUUCUCCCUCGGAU